GCUUGUUGGGAAAUCCCUUACUUCAGCAUGCUUCAAAAUAGACGGGCUAUAUUAUAUAUAUAUCGUUGAUAUCUUCUACUGGCGCUGGGUUGAUACUAGUUUGGUAGAAAUUGAUCGAAGCUGCGUGAAGAAUCCAGAUUAUCAACAAAUAUCACAUCAGUAUACUUCAGCUGCAGUUGAUGUACGCACGUGUAUGCCCCUAGCCUAAGGGAGCACACAGCACGUGGAGAUUCAGAACAAACACGUGCUUGUGUUUAUUACCUGUUUCGAAAACACAUUCAAAUUUUAAAAGACAAAUCCAAAAUGACGUGGAUACAAUGUCAAGUCUGUGAGGAAGAAACAUCGAAGUAUAAAUGUCCAAAAUGUGCCCUGCAGUAUUGUUCUGUUGGCUGCUACAAAAACCACAAAGAAACAAACUGUGUAUCACUGCAGGAGACAAAGAAACCAGAGUGUUCUUCCACAGUAACAACAGAAGGUAGCCAGUCUUACGACAAAGAAAUGGACAUCCUUUUUAAACCAGAGGAUGACGAGGAGGCAACUGAGGACACACUGUCUGUCCACCAGCUACAACAGUUAGGUAAGUGUCCGGACCUCCACAAACUGCUGGAGAAUCCUCAUUUACGUGACAUGAUGACUGGACUAACAAAGGCAGACAACCCUAGGACCGCCAUGGAUAAAGCUAUGCAGGAACCUAUCUUCACAGAGUUUGUGGACCAAUGUUUAAACAUCGUUGAGGACAAGGAUUGUGAGGAUUCUCUACCCUGGUCCUGAGUCUGUUGACCAGAGACCAUUAUACAUUGUAUAGGUUAAGGAUUGUGAGGAUUCUCUACCCUGGUCCUGAGUCUGUUGACCAGAGACCAUUAUACAUUGUAUAGGUUAAGGAUUGUGAGGAUUCACUACCCUGGUCCUGAGUCUGUUGACCAGAGACCAUUAUACAUUGUAUAGGUUAAGGAUUGUGAGGAUUCACUACCCUGGUCCUGAGUCUGUUGACCAGAGACCAUUAUACAUUGUAUAGGUUAAGGAUUGUGAGGAUUCACUACCCUGGUCCUGAGUCUGUUGACCAGAGACCAUUAUACAUUGUAUAGGUUAAGGAUUGUGAGGAUUCACUACCCUGGUCCCGAGUCUGUUGACCAGAGACCGUUAUACAUUGUAUAGGUUAAGGAUUGUGAGGAUUCACUACCCUGGUCCCGAGUCUGUUGACCAGAGACCGUUAUACAUUGUAUAGGUUAAGGAUUGUGAGGAUUCACUACCCUGGUCCCGAGUCUGUUGACCAGAGACCAUUAUACAUUGUAUAGGUUAAGGAUUGUGAGGAUUCACUACCCUGGUCCUGAGUCUGUUGACCAGAGACCAUUAUACAUUGUAUAGGUUAAGGAUUGUGAGGAUUCACUACCCUGGUCCCGAGUCUGUUGACCAGAGACCGUUAUACAUUGUAUAGGUUAAGGAUUGUGAGGAUUCACUACCCUGGUCCCGAGUCUGUUGACUAGAGACCUUUGCACUUUGCAGAGGAUAAAUAUAACUAAGUACUGUACUUGGUUGUAUGUCCUGUACACCAUUAUUCCAAUACAUCAUUGAAUUUUCCAUUUCUUUUUAAACUAUGUAGCUCACUUCUAACUAAAUCAUUUGUAUGGAACUACAAGUAACAUUUUGGGAAGGUUUUAUUUCACAGAAAUGUUUGAUUUAAAAAUAAUUCUCAAUCAUGGACUUUUUCAGUAUUUUGUAAAUAAUUGUUAUUUUGUUGUUUACUGAAGUUAAAACAUGUGAUUUAAGAAUUAGAUGCUUACA